CGCAGGCAAAAAGUUGCAGUUAACCUUCAUUUUAAACCCCCCAAAAUUUUAUCUUAAACCCUAAACCCCAACCAUGUUCUCCGCGGUUCUCCUCCAACGCUCCAAAACUCUCUCGCUUCUCCGUACCCAUGUUUUCACCCGAGCCAUGGGAGGCGGUCCACGGACCUUCCCCGGCGGCCUCAACAAGUGGCAAUGGAAGCGCCUCCACGAGAAAAAAGCGAAGGAGAAAGAGAGAAGACUCCUCGACCAAGAGAAGCAACUUUACCAAGCCAGAAUCCGAUCCCAAAUAAGAUCCAAACUAGCCGGCAAACCCGAUCCUAGUCCGGAUUCUACAAAUUAUAACCCCAUGACCCCCAACGACCACAUCAAAGCCCUGGCUGAUCGGUUCAUGAAAGAAGGAGCAGAGGACUUGUGGAACGAAAACGACGGUCCGUUGGAAUCAGAGGAACAGGAAAAGGAACGGUCACGGUUAGUUGAAACGGCUAGAAAUCCACGGUCAGGAUUAAUCCAUGCACCGCUUAAUAUAAAGGAACUUACAUCUGAUGGUCGAAGAGAGAAUGUGAAACCAAGUGGUGUAACUAAUAGUCAAUUUGUUAAGAGUAGGAGCUAUUCAGUUCAGGCUGACGGGAAGUUCAAGGUGAACGAGAAUGCUUUUGCUGGGAUUCAAUCAUACUUCGGCUCAAAGGAUGAUUCCUUGAAGCAUUUGGGGCAUAAUAAUAUUGCACAGAGAAGGUUUAGGAAGAAUGAGACUUCUUCUAAUCAAGAUAAAUCUGAUUCCGUGUCAAAUGAUAAUUCAUUGAAGCGUUCUGAUCCUGGUGGUAAAGGCGACAAGGCGAAUUUUCAGAGUGCUCAGAAGUUUAUAAAGAGUAGGAACGGUAUACAGAGGAGAAGGUUUAGGAGGGAUGAUAGUUCGAGUGAUGAUGAGUGGGAUUCGGAUUUGGAAGACGAAGGGGAAGGAGUUGGGUACAGGAAGGAUGUUAAGAAGUCAGGCAGUAGUGCAUCGUUGGGAAAGUAUGACGUGAAGAUUGAAAGGAGAGUUCCAUUGAAGGAACUUAAGAUGGAGAUGGAUUUUUCGGAGCAAGUGGCCAUGCUUAGGAAGGAGUUGGAGAAGAAGAAGUUGGCUGAAAUUGAAGAGAAAAUGGGGGAGGGAGAAACGAUUUAUAGUAAAAAAAGGUUUGAUGAAUGUGGUAUAUCCCCAUUGACAGUCAAGGCACUUUCUGCAGCUGGAUAUUUUCAAAUGACUCGAGUGCAGGAGGCAACUCUUUCGGUUUGCCUUGAGGGCAGAGAUGCUUUGGUCAAAGCUAAAACCGGCACAGGAAAGACUGCAGCUUUUCUGCUUCCGGCAAUUGAAACAGUUCUGAAGGCUGCUAGUAGUAAUACUGUUCAGCGGGUGCCUCCGGUAUUUGUUCUAAUUCUUUGCCCCACAAGAGAGCUUGCAAGUCAGCUUUCUGCUGAAGCAAAUGCUCUGCUGAAGUAUCAUAAUGGCAUAGGUGUUCAGACUCUAGUUGGAGGUACACGUUUCAAAGUUGAUCAGAAGCGCCUCGAAUUAGAACCAUGUCAGAUAAUUGUUGCAACACCUGGGAGAUUGUUGGAUCACGUUGAGAACAAGUCUACCUUGUCUGUGCGUUUGAUGGGAUUGAAAAUGCUUAUACUUGAUGAAGCUGACCACUUAUUAGACCUAGGGUUUCGGAGAGAUGUUGAGAAAAUUGUUGAUUGUUUGCCCCGUCAAAGGCAGUCAUUGUUGUUUUCUGCAACAGUUCCAAAAGAGGUUCGUCGAAUAUCUCAGCUCGUUUUGAAAAGGGAACAUGCUUUCAUUGAUACAGUGGGGCUAGGCUGUGUAGAAACUCAUGAGAAGGUUAAGCAAUAUCUUCUUGUUGCACCACAUGAAUUGCACUUUCAGAUUGUUCACCAGCUUUUGAAGAAGCAUAUAUCUCUAGAAUCAGAGUACAAGGUCAUUGUUUUUUGUACGACUGGGAUGGUAACAUCACUGAUGUAUUUGCUUCUUCGAGAAACGAAAAUGAAUGUUAGGGAGAUGCACUCCAGAAAGCCUCAAAUCUAUCGAACUCGCAUCUCUGAUGAAUUUAGGGAAUCUAAGAGAUUAAUUCUUGUUACUUCUGAUGUUUCGGCUCGAGGAAUGGAUUAUCCUGAUGUAACUUUGGUUAUUCAGGUGGGAAUUCCUUCAGACCGAGAGCAAUAUAUACACCGCCUAGGAAGAACAGGACGGGAAGGCAAGGAUGGAGAAGGUAUCUUAUUGAUUGCACCAUGGGAAGAGUAUUUCUUGGAUGAAAUUAAGGACUUGCCUCUCGAGAAACUAUCUUUACCGGAUAUGGAGGCAGAUGCCAAACAAAAGCUGGAGUUUUCAAUGGAGAAGAUUGAUGGUAGUGUGAAAGAAGCAGCAUAUCAUGCUUGGCUUGGUUAUUAUAACUCAAUCAGAGAAAUAGGGAGGGAUAAAACAACGCUGGUUGAGCUGGCCAACCAGUUCUCCCAUUCAAUUGGCUUGCAAAGACCUCCUUCGCUCUUCAGGAAGACAGCAUUAAAAAUGGGUUUGAAAGAUAUACCUGGAAUUCGAAUCAGAAAAUAACACUAGUUUUAUGUAGGUUGUAGAGGAUGAAGAUUGCUUACAGAUCGCCGUCACAUGCAAACAGUCACGAUCUGGAUACUGGCACAAAGAACCUACAAGUCUAUCGCCCAUUCUUUUCCCCUUUUGGUACGACUUUCUUCUCACAUUUG